AUGUUAUAUUUAUUAUUGAUUCCGGCUCUUGCUUAUGUACAAGAAUAAUAUCUGAUGGAAAUCUAUAAUCAGAUGAGUGGGAUUAAGGAGUCCAUUUCCUAAUUGGAAUAUUAUACAGCUCUCGAGAAAUUGGAGUGGAAAGCUCGCUAGGAUAGAGAGUUUGAAGAGGAAGGGAUGACAAUCUAUUUAGAGCAUUUUGCUGAUGUGAGUGAGAGUAUGCUUACUUUAGGUGCAAAGAUUGCUCAAGCAGAGACUCUCGACUGAGAAAAAGGAGAAGGAUGGCUAGGAACUCUUUCUUCAUGAGACAUACUUUAAAGUCAUAAAUCUUCUAAAACGCCUAAUAAUAGAUAAAGUAUCAUUGUUUUAUUCAUGGGUUAAGGAAAAGUUGAUUGAGACUGACACAAAAGAAUUGGCUAAGAUCAAACUUCAGGCUAGAGAGGAUGCGUAGAAGCGCUUUGAUGAAUACAACUUUUUACUUUCAAAAAUUAAAGAAGGUAAGAAUGGCCAUUUAAAAAUUAGUGAUUGAUUCUCCAAAUAUUUAAGAUAUUUUUAAAACAUUAGAAUUGUUGGAAUCUAAGAUCAUGAUUGGUCUUUUCAAAUCGAAUCCCAGCUAAGAAUUAGAUUUUUUUAUAAAAGGAGUAGAUCGAUUGUUUAAAUAAAGCAAUCAUUCUAAUUCAAGAAAUGAAGCUCUACAAUUGUUAAGUUUGAUGCACAGUGUCAUCUAAGAGACCCUUAUCGGAAUGAUGAAUGAGCAGCUAGAAUCUUCCUUCGAUCUUUUGGAUAAAGAACUUUUCUACGCUCAAUCUAAAAACACUCAUCAACAAGCUAAGGAAUCUUUGAUCACUCUCCUCAAUAAACUUGAAGGUAUGUUCUCUUGAUAUCUAUUUAACAGUCACAGGAGCCAAGUUCUGGAAUGACCAAUUGCAGAUAAAUGGCAAUGAAGAUCACCUGGUUCAAAUGUUCUAGGGUUUUCUUGAUCAAGCAAUGUUGAUGAGUAAUCGAUCAAUCCAAUAUCAUCAACAACUAUCAGAAACUCUUAAAGCUAUGUUGGAACGUUUUCUUUAACGUUGA